AGUCAGCUUUGUUGUGUACCAAAAUGGCUCAAAACAAGAUCCCUUCCAUCUUAAUUCUAUGCCUGGCUGCUUCCAUGUCCAUGACCUUGCUUCUUUCAGUUGAAGCCAGAAGAACCAAGUUCACCGUUUACUUCCAAGACUAUGCUUUUGGUCCCAACACCACCUUCUUCCCCGUCGUUGGCCUCCCUGGCUCGACACUCAACUACACCGACUUCGGAACCUUCUUUGUCACCGACGAUGCCAUAACCGCAAUCCCGGACGAGGGUGCUCCAAUCAUCGGGCGUGCUCAAGGCAUCUACGUCGUCACCGGGAUGGACGGGCGAAACCUCCUCGUGCUUAUCUCCUUGGUGUUUACUAGUGGAACCUACAAUGGGAGCAGCAUUGAAAUCCAAGGGACUAGUAGACAAUUUGAUCUCAAUAGAGAGCUUCCCGUCGUGGCUGGGACUGGCAAGUUCCGUCUGGCUAGAGGGUUCAUUAACACAGACAACUUCUCUUUCGAUCAACAAAGAGGAUUUUCUGUUAUCCAAGUCAAUGUCACUUUGGUUUACUAAUUCUACUUCUCAUGCUUUCUUUCCUUCUUAUUUUCGAAUAAUCGUGGAGUUCAUGAAUCUCUACGUUACUCUCUGUUUAAUAUUCCUCAAUUAUUGUUAAUCAAUUUA